AUUUUAUUUAUCGCUUAGUCAAUUUAAGUAGAUUCCCAUUCCUAUGUCUAGGAUUCGAUUGGCCGCAUUACAAACUUACGGAAUUUUCAUGGAAGGAACCAAAAAUUUCUACGUCGAUACCAAAGACUAUAUAAAAAUUCGCCGAAAUUUGAAAGCGUCAAGCGGCGACUUUAAAAAACUGAUCAGGAGGGAAAUCGAAUUGUACGAUCAGAUGCCAAAAGAUAUGCUUAAAGUCACCCCAACCUUAAUCCUAGCAUCGUUACCCGUAGUGUUUUAUUUUAUAUUACCUUUGCUUUACUUUUUUCCAAAGCAACUGCUUUGCUCCCAUUUCUGGACCUCGGAUCAAAAAAUGCGUUUCAGCAAUGAUUAUUUACGGCAAAGACUGAAACAUAACAAAUCGCUGCUCAAACAUCUUAGACGUUUCCAGUGCUCCUUCCCAGAGCAAUACCCUCAAAGUUUAAUCAAGGAAUGGUUGAAAAUUUUGGAUUCACUUCGUGGUGGAAACCAGCCAGAUGUUCAGCAAAUUUUGGAUUGCAAAUUAAUGUUUGGACCAGGCCCUUAUUGUUUACUAUGCCUUGAGGGCGAUCAUUUGUGGCAUCUUGCUCAGUUACACAGCAUCAGUUUAAGUCUAGCUAGGAGGAAAAGUUUAGCUCGACGAGCCAUUAUCUUGAUGGAAAUGGAUCAAGCUAUACUACGAGAAGGAGGGGUUCAUAACAUGCCAAUGAAAGCACUUCAGAAGUCUUGUUACAUUAGAGGCUUAAAUCCAGCAUUCGUUACGAAAGAACAUUUAAUAUUUUGGCUGAACCAGUGGUUGAAAAUAUCUACGCACGUGCAAGCAAAAGAACUAUCGCUGCUGUUACAUUGUCCUCUCCUGUUGGGCUACAACGAGCCUUCAAAUUUGAGAUUAUUUUAGGAUUAACAUUAACGGAUAUAUAACAUGCAAAUCAUUUAUUAAAUUAUCGCCGUAUAAAUUCGAUUUAAAAUGGCCGAAAUAAAUGACGAGCGAAAUAUUAAAACCGCAUAUUGCGAAAUGGUAGAUGAUUAAUUGUAUGUAUCACAUGUACGGUAAGCAUGACGAAUGAC